AACAAACUCAAGAAAGUUAUAUCUCGAAAAUGUCAACAAACAGAUAAAUAAAUAAAUAAAAUUCUGGAAAGCUUCACUGUUAUUUUUUGAUAAGGCUGAUUUUGCCCUCAAAAUCUUGUGUGUAAAAAUUGUUUUGUACAAUUAUUGGUGGUGAAAGAACGAUCGAAUCGAAUUUAACAAAGAAUCAAGAUUUUUAAGGAUUUAGAAUUAAUUGCGUACUUACUUAAAGUUGGACACUUUACUAACGUAGUAAAAUGCCUGCAAGGCAAGAAUGGAGGGGAGAAUUCAGGACGCAAAUUUUAACAAGGUUGUAUGAUAGGAAUAAACGAGAAAAUCGUGGAUUUACCGAACUAUUCCAGCAUCAUGAACGAUUGUUUGAAAACUGGGCAUCUAUCCGACAAGAAAAUCUUCGUCUGCAAAUGGAACAACGUGGCGAUAGGAGGCCCUCGUCGUCAGGAUUGACGGAAGAAAGGGAAAAGGCCCUGGAACAAAAGGUCAUGGGGUUACAAGAAGAACUCACUGAAAUGCAUAGAAAACGAGGCGAAAAUGCAUCCCAAGUACUCAGCUUAUCAGCCAAAUUGACGGACAGGGAGGCGGAAAUUAGCGAGGAAAAGGAAAAGAUGGGCCAAGUACAAACACAACUUGCUGGAUGUGUGGCAAAGGCUGCUGAUUUGGAGGAUCAGAUGAAAUUUUUUCAAGCUAAAUCACAAGAGUUGGAAGCUACCAACGAGCUAUUGCGGGAUGAGCAUCAAGCCCUUCAGCUAGCUUACAAUUCCCUAGAGGAAAAAUAUCUAAAGAAUUUGAAGGAAAAUUCACAGCUUGUUCAACGAUACAUUGAGAUAAAGGCACAACAUGCAGACCUUAUGAAUCAGGAAAACGAAAAUUUCGUCAAAAAAAGACAGGCAAAAGUUCAAAAGGAAUUGGAAGAUGCAGCAAAAGAGGUUAAAACCGUUGUCGAAGUAGAGGAUGCUUCCGCGGUUACCCUUGUUCCGGAAGCAACCCCCUCAGUUCCUCCUCUAGGCUUAGAUUACUGCCUUGUGCCAAAAACUGUUUCAUAUAUCUUUGAUAGUACAGAGGGUGAGCUUUACACGGUUCGAUGGAGUCCCAAUGGAAAACAUUUCCUAACGGGUGGCGCCGACCGAAAAGUGAAGCUUUGGGAGUGCACGUCCAAUGGUCCCGAACUCCGCGCAGCCUUGACCGGGGCUAACGCUUCCAUUAUGAGUGUUGACUUUGACAAUUCUGCAAACUUUAUGUUGGCUUCGUCCAGUGAUUAUGCGAUUAGAGUGUGGACUGUUGACGAUCAUCGAUUGCGGCAUACGCUGACAGGCCACAGUCAGAAAGUAUUAGCGGCUCGAUUUUUGGGAUCGUCAACUAAAGUAGCGAGUGGAUCGCAUGACCGAACUUUGAAAGUGUGGGACCUUUCCGCUCGAGCAUGUAUCUCCACCAAGUUUGCCGGAUCAAGCUGUAAUGACCUCGUUUGCGUUGAUGGGUCAAGUAUAAUUUCCGGUCACUAUGAUAAGCGAAUACGCUUUUGGGACGCGAGAACCGACAGCCCAACGCAAGAAGUCAACUUAUGUGUUUCAGGCCGGAUCACGUCACUGGACUUAUCAUUGGAUAAGAACUACCUGAUGGCAUCCGUACGAGACGACUCGCUUGCCGUGCUCGAUUUACGGAUGAACACAAUCGUUGGGCAAUACAGCGCGGAAGGCUUCAAGAUAAGUUCUGACUUUGACCGUUGCUGCUUCUCCCCUAAUGCAGUUUACAUUGCCUGUGGCUCCUCGGAUGGGUCAAUUUUCGUGUGGAAUGUGAUGGAAAAUAAAUUGGAUUCUGUUCUCAAACAGCACUCGGGCCCGGUCAUCGCAUGUCAUUGGCACCCCAGAGGCGUGAGUUUGCUGAGUGCAGAAAAAUCUAAGAAAAUUGUAAUUUGGACGCCUUGAAGAUCUGAAGAAAUCACAUUGUCGGCGCUAUAGCGCAGCUAUAGCGCAAAAUGAGAUUCGCAAAACUAUGCAAAAUUAUGCCAUAAUUUUGAAUUUGUUGAUAUUCACAUAA